AUGUUGCUCAAGACUGUCUCGAUUCUCUUACUGUUCUCAAUUUCCCAAGCUUCUAACUCUACUAAAUCCUCAUCUUCCACUUCACUAAACACUAUCCACAGUUCUGUUGGCGAGAAUUGGGGCAAAUCUAAGAAUUUCACAUUGGACUCAACAAAUUUGACUUCUACCAAAUCUACGGAAGAUCUCAUAAAAUGGCUGCAAACUUCCUUUGCCAAAGAGGUCGACGAUUUCAAAGGGGUUUCUGGGAAUCUGUACAAUGAGAGCUUGAGUUAUUGGGAUCAAGUCGUGGUAAGUGCAAUAUAAUUAAUUGUUGGUUCUUUUAGUGUGCUUCUAAAUCGUUUAUGUGAAUUUUCUGUUGAAUACACUUUUAUUAUUUUUAUUUACCUUAUUUUUGCUGUUUUAGGAGAAUCCUUGUGUUCAAAAUGGCGAAGUGAUCAUUGCUUCGAUUGUUGGUUUUGUUGUUGGAGCGAUCAUCUCACCGCUUUUGGUGUUCUGCUGCUGCAAAAUGCGACGCCGUCGUUAUGACCUUCAGAAUCGUCGUAUCCGGACAGUCACCUCCAGGGAACGCAAAGUGAAUAUUACGGACCUGGCUCAUCUCAUGGACCGCGAUCAAGACUCGGAAGUGGAAGUGUUAUGA